AUGGAGCGGCCAGCAUGGAAUAAUGCACAAUACUCUCGUCACAAAGAGGAAGACUAUGGGGAAAGAAUAGACUCAUCUGACGAAGAUAUUCCUUACUAUCGUCCUCGCACUGAACCUGGCCUAGGGUCAUAUCACCGCACCUCCCAGUCGGAUUGCAUAGACGACUACAUGGACGAUAUGGAGUACUCGUCCCCAUCACCCCCUGAGCGCCGUAGUCUGACUCGUCAUCAUAUCUUACACCCUUUUAGCCAGCAGGAUGCGUAUAGUGAAUCUCCACCGAUGCUACAACCGCAGCCUAGCUGUCACUACGGCAUUGAUACUAGCCGCUAUCAUACACGGAUGGCGUUCGAUAGAUACUCUCAUCCACCUACCAGCUACGCUCCAUUGCAGAUGCUGGAAGCUACGCCUUCAUUCCAACCUCGAGGCCCAAGGUCUGCGUUUGACACUGGUUCAUCUCAUCGAAAUGCAGCAACAGCUCGUCAUAUUCUGCCCGUUACCUCUGACAUUACCCACAAUGUUCCCGAGACAAUGCAACUGAGAAGGUUCAGCCCGCGUAAUGAAAAUUUAUUACGUCUAAAACCGGUUUCCGAACUUCCCGACAUGUAUCGCAGUAUUUUCAAAUUUGGUGUCUUCAAUGCCGUACAAUCCACAUGUCUGGAUACAAUUCUUCACUCGGAUGAGAACGUGAUUAUAAGUGCGCCUACAGGGAGUGGGAAGACGGUCUUGUUUGAGCUCGCCAUUAUACGCAUGGUCUCGGCAUCUUUCCCUACAGCAAAGACUGCAAGAUGUGUUUAUGUAGCUCCUACAAAGGCUCUGUGCACGGAGAAAUAUCAAGAAUGGGUCAACAAAUUUGGAGGUCUAGGUAUCAAAUGUUCUGAACUAACGGGAGACACUGUCCAUUUUGGGAAGUCAGCAUGGGGUGAUGCCAAGAAUGCUCAAAUCAUCGUGACUACGGGUGAAAAAUGGGAUAGUCUUACGAGAAACUGGGACGAACAGAGUCGGAUUCUUUCACAAAUACAGCUUUUUUUAGUUGAUGAGGUUCAUAUCUUAAAUGAGUCUCGUGGCAGUACUCUCGAAGUAGUUGUUUCCAGGAUGAAGGCACGUGGCUCAGGAGUCAGAUUUGUACUAGUAUCGGCAACCGUGCCAAACAUCGAGGACGUCGCAAGUUGGAUUGGAAGUCUAAAGUCUGAUUGUCAACCUGCAAAGAUAUAUCAGUUCGGCGAAGAAUUUCGACCUUGCAAGCUCAGUCGUUUUGUAUAUGGCGUACUGAAGCCCAAAAAUCAAAAUGAUUUCGUGUUUGCCCACGUUCUUGACAGUCGCUUGUUCUCCAUUUUGCAGAAGCACUCCUCAAACAAGCCUGCCUUAAUAUUUGUCCCGACGAGGAAAGGAACAAUGGUUACCGCGAAGCACCUUGCCAAAGCUUAUGAAGAUGCUGUUAAAUGCAAACAACCUCUACCUUGGUCUACACCUACCCACAUUGACCAGGAUUUCCACGACAAAGAUAUUCGACUUCUUGCUGCCGCAGGUAUUGGUGUGCAUCACGCUGGUUUGAAUUUCGAAGACCGAAGACUCAUAGAAGAUAUGUUCAUGAAGAAGACUUUACGGGUGGUUGUGGCUACUUCUACCCUAGCUGUUGGAGUAAAUUUACGUAAGAGUCCCGUAUACACCCAGAAGAUCGAUAACAGUAAUAGAUUUUCAGCGGCGUACGUGGUUAUUAUCAAAGGCGUCAAAGUUUACCAGAAUGGCGAGGUCAAAGAGUACUCCGAUUUAGAUGUCAUGCAGAUGAUGGGUCGGGCAGGCAGGCCUCAGUUUGAUACCGAAGGUGUCGCCGUUAUCUUAUGCGAGGCGGAGCUCGAACACAAGUAUCGAGCGCUUGUUCAAGGCACAACUAACCUUGAAAGCAGUCUCCAUCUUAACCUUACGGAACACCUGAAUUCUGAGAUUGGCCUUGGCACGAUCGCCAAUGUUAGCACGGCGAAAGAAUGGUUACAACAUUCUUUCUUUUACCGCAGGAUUCAAAAAAACCCGGGAUUUUAUGCAAUAGGAAAAGGCGAGGGACAAAGUUGGCAAGAGAAAAUUGACGAGAUUAUCAUGGAAAGUGUGAUUUACGACAAGUUGCGAUUACACGACGAUAUACGGUUUCCGAUUAAGAAAGUCCAGAAAACAAGCGACAAAAUAUUUCUUUUGAUUCAAGCUGUCCUUGGAGGAAUACCGUUAAGUGGUUCUGACUUCAGGGGCGGAGAUAGUCAACCUCAUUACGAGGCAUUUGCUGUGUUCCGUCAUAUCUCCCGUAUAGCUACAGGUAUAACACCUUUCAUCGAAAACAUGGACCAUACAUGGCUACUGACGGUAUCUCUAAACAUCUGGAUAGCCAUCGUAGAAGUUGCGAUAGUGAAGAAGAAUGGAGCUCAAGCAAAGCACGGUUUGGAGCUGGUCCGAUGCCUACAUGCAAAAGCUUGGGAGGAUCGACCAGUGGUGCUUCGUCAGAUAGAACACAUAGGCGAAAAAUCUCUCAAGGUUGAUGACCCUACUUCGUCGACAUUAAACACUAACUUGAUAUUCAUCCCUCAUAGGUCCUUACUCAACAUGGAAUUACUCCUCAACCGUCGAGCUCCUUUUGGUUUUGAAAUUCUUGCUUCAGCUCGUCAGCUCCCAAAAUAUGAUAUUAGAGUCACCGAAACCGAUAUUACCCCAAGUAACGGAAAGGAGCCCGUUGAAAUUGAACUAUCAAUUCAAUGUGGGCUGAUAUCAGAAGAUGCACCCCCUACCAAAGUUAAGAAGCAAAAGGGUCAAAUAAUCAAUAUGACAACUGUUCUGACAGUAACAUCCGACCUUACCUUUAUUGAUUUUCGUCGCAUCAUGACAAAAGCCCUGAAGGAGCCCAAGACAUUCCUGAUCAGCGCACAGUUGACUAAACCCAGCCAAGCCAUAUCUGUUUACGUCUCGUCGGACAAGAUUGCUGGGCUUACCAUAGUCCAAACCUAUAAACCCAAGCUUCGAGCACAUCAAUAUCCGACACUUGACACUCGGCCUCUCAGCUCUUUGGACAUGGAUCUCGCAGGACUGGAAGACGAUCCCAACUUCUGGAACAUGGUCUUUGACGAUGAGGACGUGAACGAGGAAACUGUAUUGGUGAAGGAUCUGACGAAACCUAUAGCUAAGUCUACACAGAAACAAAAGGUAGUCAUGAAACCUAAAGGAGAUAUGGCACCCGAGCCUAGAAAGCGGCAUGAUGGUAAAUAUGAAUGCAACCAUACCUGCAGGGACAAAUUGACGUGCCGCCACCUUUGCUGCCGAGAAGGAUUACGCGAGCCUUCUCAAAUGCCAAAAAAGCGACUUCAGCGAGACGCCGAGCACUCCAAGGAAAGUGACCAAGAUCUUGGACCUUCGUUUAAAAGAAAGGCAAACCAUGUCAUUAAGCUGGAUGACAUAUCAAAAGUCAAGCGGAACAAGACGUCCCACCAGUCUGAUUCUGCACUACGUCAAUUGGAAACUCUGCACAAAGGGGCCCAUACUGAACGCAAUCUGAAGCUAUCAGAAGGCCAACGCCUCAAGCUUGCUAAUGAGGUUUCCGGAGACUUCACACAGCGUAAAUCGCGAGUAACCCCAAACUUCGACCUAGAGUUUACCACGCUUCGACGUACUAAAUCACCUGCAGCAAGACAUCUGCUUCAUGGCGAUCUGGACGAUGAGGAGGAACUACCGGACAUAUCUAACCUCCUUCAUGAUGCUAUCGACACUACUCGCCAAAGCAAGACGCCAUUGUCUUCGGAAACCGGUUAUUCAGACUCGGAAAUAGAUUCUCUUAUCCGUAAUUUGCCUUUGGAGGAGGAGGUAAUCGAGCCACUCAAUUCUCAAGGUCAACGAACUAUAUUUUGGAAGGCCGGUCACAAGAGAGAAAAAUCCGUAUCGCCGAGAAAUGACCAUUAUGAAACACAAAAUAAAUCUCCUCCGAUCAAGAAGCCGAAAUUUGAUGUAGAUGGAGAAUAUCGUUUCGGCUCGCCCUCAGGCUUGCUCGAUGACAAGGUGAACUCUGGCAGAGUUGACGCGAUCCGUAAAUUCAUACAUGAACACACACAGAAAUCAACUUCUUCGGUAUCGCCUGGGAAGGUCCAAAGGCAAGAACAGCUGUUUUUAUCAAAUUUCUCUGACCAGGAUGAAGACACCCCUCGAGGAAACACUCUGAAAAGUACUGCACGCGGACAUACAGACGACAAUUUUUAUUGGGACGAAAGCUGCUUUGACAUUUUACCAGCUACUUCGAGUUUGACAGCGACCUUGUCUACUACCAAAGACGAUAAAAGCCUGCACACACCUCCAAGUUGUUAUACACCUACGCUAGUCAAGCAAGCAUUCGUCAAGGAUAGGACAAGACUUGUAGCUGGCGCGUCUGGAGGAUCCAUCGAUGGAAAUAUCAAGAUACGACGUUUAUCUGGUGUCACAGUAGGGUCUUCCGAGCCCGUGUCAAAACCUUUCAUGGAGACCAACACAACCUUGGCAACGCAAUAUCCAGAACAGGAUGGGAAGACCACUGGGUGCGAUCGUGAUAAUCAAGUAGAUACAGAGCUGCUCAAGUACACUUCCCGGGUCAACCAGGAUGGAAAACCCGAAUCUAUCUAUGGUGACACCGAUAACUUGGAUGACCCUCUGGCAGAAUUUGAACGAUGGUUAAUGAGUGGAGCUGUAGAUAUUAUUGAAAACUGA